CUGAGGUUGCAGGGAAAACAACUAUUCCCGCCGUAGAGAGAGUCAUUGACGAACGAUUGAGUACAAGUCCGGCCAAAGAUGAGCAGUACGUCCACGUGGAGAUGAAAAAAGACGCGCGUGUUGCCUUGGAUAUAAAGUACGAGCCUGAAGACGGGGAGCAGGAUUGGUCAGAAUCUGUGCCGCUCAGCAAGGAUCGGCUGGAAGAGGACCCAAAGACGAGCCAAUCACACGCAGAACAGAAAAUCUUUGAGGAGACUAGCUGUGGCACAUCAGAGGCAGCCGUAGCUGCUGCUAACGGUGGUGAAGGACCCCUCUGUGAGGAGAAGGAGGAGCUGCACAUGCAGCCCUGCCCUGCAGGAGACCCAGAGAAGGGGCUGCAAGCCGAACUGAAGCAGGAGCCCGACGGGGAGCCUCUCACCCCUGGACACCCCCUGCCAGGAUCUGGAGAGGGGCUGGAGGUCCAGUGCGCGUGGAGCAAGGCCACCAGAUCGGGAAAGGUUCAGGAAAUGCUCCGACAGCACGGAGGAAGCUCGGAGCCUGGAGGUGCGCGGUCAAACGACCGAUUCUCUCCUCGCCAUUACAGAGCUUCUCGGAGGCUGCGCUCUGAGAAGAACGAGGGCCCAACGUCACACCCCGGCAGGGCGCCUGAUGCCAUUUCGGCAGAGAUGGCGGUCCCUCUGGGUUCUCCGGGACAGCGUGCUGGAAGCACCCUGUGCGCGGAAAAGCACCAGCGGAUUCACAGCAAGUGCGGUAGAAGGUUCUCCCAGAUCAGCAAUCUUAAAACUCACCAGAUUACUCACACCAGAGAGAAAUGCUUCCGCUGCACGUUGUGCAGUAAGAGCUUUGGCCGUCUCUGUGACCUUAAGUAUCAUCAGAGUGUCCACACAGGAGAGAAACCACACAGCUGUGACGAGUGUGGGAAGAGCUUUGCCAAACUGUGCAAUCUCAAGUCUCACCAGAGUGUGCAUACAGGAGAGAAACCACACAGCUGUGACGAGUGUGGGAAGAGCUUUGCCCAUCUGUGCACCCUCAAGACUCACCAGAGGGUGCACACCGGGGAGAAACCGUACAGUUGCUCGCUGUGCGGCCGCGGUUUCUCCUGGAACAGCGGCCUUCAGAGACACAUACUGUCUCACAGCGCGGUGUAAAAAAUUAGGGGACCUUUGAGCGAAAAUCAAAGAUCUUAACCUGUCCUCCUCGGCGAGCAGUUCCACUUCAUGUGCCGCAGAGCAGGACACAUGGACCCCAUUUUACACAGAGCUCACUUAGUCUGGCCUUCUCAGCUCAGGGAAUCGUAGAACCACAUACCUGCUCUGAGAAGGCAGUUGAACACACUCCUCCAUAAUCAGAGACACCUGUGAGGCAAUUUGUCCCAAAAAGUAUUAUAGAGCUCACUGUAUUUUGAGAAAUAAUAUUUGGCAUGGAUUUUUAUUGUAUAAUUGUUCACCUUUAAAAAAAAAAAAAAAAAAAAAAAUCUUACCAAUGACCAUCAAUAAAUUGGAUUUGGAUUUUAUGUUUUAGUAAAACUGGCAUGCAAGCAUCACCCUCCCCAGUGAGCCAGAACUGGCAGCUUGGACUCUGCUAUAGUACAGACUGGCCCCCGCAGCUUGCUGUACAUUUCCAGGAAGCACAAACAAAUACUACAGUUCUGACCUGUCAGUGACCUGUCAAUCAAAGCCCACACUUGGGCUCAAUCAAAGGGAGAAUUGAACGACCAACAAUAUUGUUUGCUUUCAUUGGAAAUAAGCUUGUUUUGGUAGACAUUAGCUGGUUUUAUUAAUAAAGAAAUGUGGAUGAGGACUAAAUGCCAAACGUGUUGGUUUCCAGUGGAUUCCAGUAUAAUGGCGCAUGACAUGUUAACUUUUCUUUUGACUGAGAUCUUCCUUGUCCAUUUUCUUUGUCAUUGUAACUGGAUGCAGCGAAAAUAUAUUUCUCAAGGUCAGUUUAUUGCGUGUACGGAGUGAUUUUAAACAAAAUGAAAAGUCUUUGCAUUUGGAUGAGAAAUAAAACGUGUUUUUUCAUAACGAUCA